AUGGAUACCACUAGCGCGAAAAAGAAGCUCAAGAUCUCGGACAAUGUCACUGUCAAAAAGUCAAAGGAUGAGAAGGAUUUGGAAAGCUAUCUUUUUGGUGACAUGGACGACCAAGUCUGGGAUCGUGCAGGUCAUGAAUUGAGCGAUCAAGAAGAGGACGAGGACGAUCAAGCUCAAAGCAGUGCCAAUGAAGACGACAAUGCAGAAGAGGCAUUCUUUUUUGACUCUGGUCCUGGUUUUGUGAUGGAUAGUGAGCCAACACCCUCUGGUGCUGUCGACAGCGAAGACCAUGAGAUGACUGAGCGCGCCAAUGACGAUGAAAGCGAUGAGGAUGAGGAUGAGGAAAGCGAGCCUGAAGAAAGCAAUUAUGGAUAUCUACGCAAACCAGCAUGGGAAGAUGACGAUGAUCGCCGUUUACUUGUCUCUUUGCAAUCCAACACUCGACUUCGAAAGUUGCGCAAGGAUGUCGAUGAAGAUGUUGUGGAUGGUAUCGAAUAUGAAAGAAGACUCCGAGCAUUCCAUAACAAGAUGUAUGCCCGUCCUGCAUGGGCCAAGUUGCCUUCAGAGAAAAGAGAGGGCGAAAAUGAUGAGGAGGACGCUUUUGAUGGUGAAGAUAAUCUCGCUGAUGAAGAUCGUGUCGACUUGUUGAAGAGUACCUAUGGUAUCCUUGAAUUACGAAGCCGUCGCAACUUGUUGGAUCCUGAACAGCUUGCUGUAAAACGACAAAAGAAUGCCAACAUUCAAGCACAAUCCAAGAAACGUAUCAAUACCCUGGCUUUCCAUCCCAAUGCCCAAGUAAUGAUGGCUGGUGGUGAAGACAAGACUUUGCGACUCUUCCAGAUCGAUGGCCGUGUCAACCCCAAGAUUCAAUCCGUAUUUUUCAGAGAUCUCAAGGUCACAUGCGCAGCUUUCAAUCCAAGUGGUGAUCAAGUGAUUAUCUCGGGCCGUCAACCCUUCUAUUACAUUUACGACGUACAGGCUGGAUCUGUGGAUCGUUGUCCAUACAUUUGGGGUCGCAAUGAGCAAUCAUUGGAAAGCUUCACAAUCAGUCCUUGUGGCAAAUAUACUGCUUUCCGUGGUAAAGGAGGUCAUAUUGUUCUCGUCAGCACUCUUACCAAGCAAUGGGUUGGUGAUUUCAAGAUGGAUAGGAGUGUGGAAGGCAUGGCCUGGUCAUCCGAUGGCAAAUAUUUGCACAGCAUCGCCAACAAUGGUCAAGUGUAUCAAUGGGAUGUGGGUCAACGUGAAUGUGUCAAUCGAUGGACCGAUGAUGGUGCAGUACGAUCAACAGCUUUGGGUGUAAGUCGCGAUGAUCGAUUCUAUGCCACAGGUUCCAGUUCUGGUAUAGUCAACUUGUACGAUGAUCGUGUACUCCAGCCUGACAACAAUCGACCCACACCUUUCAAAUCUCUUGGCAACUUGACAACACCUAUCGACAACAUCAAGUUUAACUAUGAUUCACAAUUGAUGGCUAUUAGCAGCCAUGAUACUCGAGAUGCGCUACGUAUGGUUCACUUGCCAUCCGGCACGGUGUAUCAGAAUUGGCCCACAGAGAGAACGCCUUUUGGUCGCAUUACAACCAUGGAUUUCUCAGCCAACAGUGAUUAUCUUGCUGUUGGUAACGAUCUUGGCCGUAUUGUUCUUUACUCAUUAAACCAUUACGCCCUUUAG